CCUGCGCUCGCGGAGCCGGGAAUAGCAACUUGUGCUCUCAGAGCCGGGAGGAAAUGUUAACCGGGCUCAAGCAUGAAGAAGCGUUUCGCUAUGGCCCUAUCUAAUCACCAGCCUUUUGACAGAGGGUUCUGCCUCGGUCUGUUUGUCUCGGUCUGUCAGUCUGUCUGUCUCAGUCGGCGAAUACACGCACGAUGUCAAUUGCUCACUCGGUCUGUCUGUCUCGGUCUGCCUGUAUCGGUGUGUUUGUCUCAGUCUGUCCAUCUCGGUCUGUCAGUCUAUGUCUCGGUCGGGCAGGACACACGGACGAACACACCCACGAUGCCAAUAAUUGUGCGCCCGCGAUGUCGAUAAAGCUAUCCACCGCGGCCGGCAUCGCCGGCAUCGCCAACGUUUGGUCUGAAGCCGCACCCUCUUUAAUAAAUCUUCAAAAAGCAUUGCAAAGCGCAGCGCUGAAGGAGCUGGAGAUGGACCCCCCAAGCUAACGCUUAGGACUAUUCCUCCAGAUUUCUUAUGGCUUGUUCGAGCCCCACAACGCCUCGGCACCGUCGGCGCGGGCAGGAACGAGUGAGUAGCGUGCAGAUUUGAUUGCGCGAUCAAGCACGCCAACCCAUCGACUCCAACAAAACCUUCGCAGCUGUUGUUUCGGAGGGUUUUGUGUCACUAAGGCGUGUGUAUUGGGUGUUGUGCUGCCAGCCGGAUGCAUGAACUUGACAAAGCUGCAGCAUGUAUCAAGUUGUGUCGGGGUUGCAAUUUGGAAUUGGUUCAUGCUUUGGGGCUUUAUCAUGACUUCUCUUGUGUGUCUCCCUGGGCUGAUGUCAGGCGCGUCUGGGAAACACAUCUCAGGUCUUGCACUUGCGUGUACCAAACGCCGAUGCUACACUUUGGGCCCUGCGUGGUGCUGCUGCUGCCGGGCUGAUUUAAACAGCAGAAGCAACGAGACAGCAUUGCUGAAGCUUUCCUUCCACUGUGAGCAGGUUCAGAGUGGCAUCAGGCUUUGGGAUACUCUGUUUCAUCAUUCUUGCACACACAGGCAUUUUUGUUGACUUCCUCGAGCGCGGACUCAUUACCUUUAGAUGUUCCGCUCAGAAACAGGAUGAUUGCAUCUAUGACCUGGUGCUAUUUGUGUUGUGGCUGGCCAUGUUUGUGUGGAUUCAGAUCCUUUUCACAGCAAGCUGGGAAUUCGCAGUAGCCUAUCUGGCUGCGGAGUGGUAUGUAGAAGGGGGCGUCCACGAAAAGACUGGAAAGGACGGAUUCCGCCAAUGUUGCAAGCAGUGCCAUGUAUGGUGGGUUCUUUUCCGUUAUCAUUUUGGGACGAUGAUCAAGGCCUCUAUUUUCAUUGGUGCAAUCCGGCCAUUUCGUGCUGUCUUGGGUAGCUUAACGGCUGUGGCAAGGCUUGAGGGAAAUCCGGUUGGAAGCAUUCUGAAUUGCUGCUGUGGAUGCUUUGUGGACAUCUACGAACAGUAUUUCGAGAAGUUCUCGGUGAAUGCCUACAUCGAGGUUGCAGUCUCUGCGAUGAACCUGGACCAUGCUGCCUUUGAAGCCAGCGAAGUUUGCGAGCGCCAAAAAGGUACUGCAAGCUCGCUCAAUGGCACAACUUUCAUUUUUCAGCUGGUCGGCUUGACACUGGUGUGGUGGGCUGGCUACUUCGUCAUGUGGAUGAUUGUGAGUGGCUCCUGUCCUGGGCUUCGCCAGUAUGGUGACGUUUACUCACCGCAUUAUGUCGGCCAUCAAGGCUUUUGGUCAAACGCCGGUGGCAUUAUUGCACUGACGGCUGCCUUCCCAGCCAUGAUGGUAUUUGAUGUUGUUUCUGACACAAUACUCUACUGCGUCAUGGUGGAUGUAAUGCAGAACGAGUCAAAAGCAACCAGCUACUGGUCAUCGAUGCCAAGAGGAGUUCUAGAGCUGUUGGACCUCAUCAAUAGCUGGACAUCUAUUUUUUCCUCUGGCAGCUCCUCCGGCUCCUCCAGCUCUGCCUCUAGCUCCAGUGGCGAGUGAAGAGGCAUGUGCGAUCAAUUUCCAGGAGGAUGGAUCAAGGGCUUCAGUUUGAGAGUUUGUUGUGUCCCCAAGCUAUGGCAGAUUGUAGCACCUAGGCUACAAAAGCCGCUCAGUGCAGGCCCAGAGGUACUGGCUGUGAUUACUGCGCAGACCAAAUGUGGGCACGAAGCAGGGAGCUACCCACCUUGGUGAGUUGAUUGGGACGCCAGCGAUCCUGGAUGAGACGUGGAAAAGCAGCGAAUUCCAUUCCUCUCUUGGUCCCUCCUCCUGGUCCAGAAGCACGCAGGGCUGGUCGAACGGCGCCCUCCUGCUGGAGAUUGAGCAUGGACGCGGCAAAAGCAUUAAAGCAAAA